ACGUUUUUCUGUUAUUCGAAUGAAGGAAGUCUCCUAUGGCCUUUUCACCAGGAAUAAAAAGUGCCUUUGCAGGAGUUGUGAGCUCUUGCCUCAGCCUGGACAUGUUACCAUCUCUGUUGCUGAUCUUCAUUCUCCAGGACGUAUUGAUGGCUCUGCCUCUGUCAAACGCAGUUCAGGAGGAGGUAAGGGCGCUGAAUGUGACAAUCGGUGCCCUGACACCAAUACGGGGGGUGCUGGGUGCCAGCCUGACCAUUCCCUGCUUCGCCUCUUAUUCCGAGCCCCCCCAGACUCCCGGUACACCGAGGGUCAAGUGGAGUUUUAUUCGCGAUGGCAACGAGACUGACAUCCUGGUGGCCACGGUGCUCAAAGUGAAGGUCAACGAGAGGUACCACCGGAGGGUGACACUGCCACAUUACCCAGCCACGGUCACCGAUGUCUCCCUGGAGAUUCGUCAACUGCUCAGCAAUGACUCAGGGAUCUACCGCUGUGAGGUGCAACACGGGAUAGACGAUGCACAGGACUUCACUGAGCUUGUUGUUAAAGGUGUCGUAUUUCACUACCGUGAGACCUCCACUCGCUACGCCUUCAGCUUUGCCAGAGCACAGCAGGCCUGUGCUGACGUCAGUGCCAGGAUAGCUACCCCUGAGCAGCUGGAGACUGCCUAUGCCAGUGGCUUUGAGCAGUGUGAUGCCGGCUGGCUGUCUGAUCAAACUGUGCG